CGGGCGCUCCAACCCCCGGGCGGGGCCAGACGGCAGCGGGAGCGCGCUCGGCGGCAGCCGGGAGCCCGCCAGGGCACCUCCAGCGCUGCUCCGGCCAUGGAUCCCCUGCCCAAAGACGGCGAGAGCGCGGCGGGCGGGGAGCCCAGCCGGGGCGCUGCCCCAUCCAGCGGGGUGGUGGUGCAGGUCCGGGAGAAGAAGGGCCCCCUGCGCGCAGCCAUCCCCUACAUGCCGUUCCCCGUGGCCGUCAUCUGCCUCUUCCUCAACACCUUCGUGCCAGGGCUGGGAACGUUUGUAUCAGCUUUCACUGUGCUGUGUGGAGCCCGGACUGACCUCCCUGACAGGCACAUAUGCUGUGUCUUCUGGCUGAACAUUGCUGCUGCAUUGAUCCAGAUCCUGACAGCAAUUGUGAUGGUCGGCUGGAUUAUGAGUAUAUUCUGGGGAAUGGACAUGGUCAUUCUUGCAACGGAGCGGCGGUACCGAGCACCCGAGGGAGACUUGCACUGACUGAGCAGCAGAGAUGGGGCGAGCGCAUCGCACCUUGGGACUGGCCCCAGCGAGCCAGCGAUGGGUGGCCAAGGAGGAGGAAGAGGAGGGUGCCAAGAGGAGGAAGGCCCCUGGGCAAGGUGGCACCCAGUCAGGCAGUGGCACCAAGGGGGUGGGAGAUGCUUCACUCUGCUGUCCCAGCAGGAAGUGGCCAGAGCUAUCCUGCCUCCUGUUUCGCUUGCUGUUAAAGAAAACCAGCUGUGAACAUCAAAUGCCAAGGAGCUAUUAAUAGGUACAUGUACAGUCUGUAAAAGCAAACAAGUUGUACAAUUUUUCCCCUCCAAGAAGCCAUUCUUGACUGCUUCGUGGCAACAAAGGGCUCAGCCCAGCCUCCUCUGCUGUGUAUUUAUGAUGCUUGGCGAAGCUAUAUCAUUGCAAACGUCUUGAGAAAUGUGUUCUCUGUAAAUUGUGUUGUACUGCUGAACUGAAUUGGGCUAUUCCCUCCUUCAAUCCAUUGGCAACAUGCAAGCACCUGCCCCCACCGGCCCCAGGAGGCUCCUGCUAGCAGUGGGCAGGCACCCCAAGCUGCCAAAAGCUCCUGCUGUAAAGGCUUUUCCUCCCCUGCCCCUGGAAGGGAUGUGCUGGCAGUGUCUCUUUGCUUUGAAAACGGAUCCCUGCAGUGCAACCCACGGUACCGACUGACACUGCGGCUCUGCUCUGCUACCUGGGGUCCAGCUAUUCACAGUAAGCCUCUCCGCCUGCAGGCAGCAGUGAAGUGGUUCUUGGGAAGACAGGUGUCAACUGCUGCUGCUUGUUAAUCUGGGCCUGGGUGUGCUGAGGAGGAAGGGCAGCACAGCUGUCCCACCUGGAUGCUGUGCACAGCAGCAGUGCUUGGGGAAUCCAUACCAAAUGAAUGAGCUGUGAGUUGCGCUGGGAAAGAAGUGACCAGGGAGCAGCCUGCUCUACAGCCAAGAGAUAAGUUCCUCAGGAUCACCCUGCAGCCAGAUAAACCCUUAAGUUGCAAAAGCCCUCCCCAAGGUUUGAAACAGGGGCAGCAAGAAAACAGCCAAGUAUCAUCCAGGAACAAUGUGUUUCAGUGCCCACAAGGAUGAAUUCAUUUGCAGAAGGAUAUGAAUAUUCAGUGGCCCACUCCUCUGCUGCAGUAAAAACUGCUCUUUUUGGGAGCGCUGCAGGAGACCAGGAGCAGUUGUGUGGUAUGGGAGGAACAAGCUGAGGGCUGGAGUCAGGAUAGCUUGAACUUUGCCACUGAUAUGCUGUGUGUCCCAAGGCUCCUGUCCUUCCUUCACCCCACUCACUGCAGCCCAGCUGGAACAGCAGCAGGGCUGAGACAGUGCUGAAGCCUGAGUUCACAUCUCCCUGGGGCAUGGCCCCUGGCCUGCAGUUCUUAUCAAAGGAGAGAAGGCAUUUAUGGGGUAGAGCUGUAAAAUCCCCACCUGCACAGGGGUGAGAACCACAGCUCACACACUGUUGAGAAAAGCAAUGCAAUGAAAGCACAGCUAUAAAUACUGCUCUGAAGCUCUCUCUUCUAAGCAGUGUUUUUCAUUAUUAUU